CCAUGUUUUAACUGUGUCCUAGGCUCGGUUAUAACCGGAACAAGGACGUUAAGCCCCAUCAAUCAAUCAAUCAAUCAAACCAUGUUUUAAUUGUGCGAGUGAUCAGUUUCACUAGAGAAGGAUUUAUGACACAUACAUGCACGUGUUUGUGUCAUAGUGUUUGAGAAAACUUAAAAACUUGUUUAUUUUGGGUUAUAUUCUCCCGGUUUACUCGAUUUACAUAUAACGGAAUGCGAUCUUCUUAGAAGGUCUCUCUCAAAUUAUAUGCAUGCCUAACAUUCCUAUCUCAGAACGAGGCUAAGUGAGUACAGCCACCGUAGCAACGCAUACACAAUGGCUUCCAGUCAAGCUACAUGUAGCAAAAACAACAUUAUUGUGCACCAAAUUGUGUAUCCAAUGGAAGUUAUGGUGAUUCUAUUCAUUUUCACCAUAUUCCAAAAGAUGAGGAUAUCAAAAAGCAGUGGAUUGUAAAAAUAAGAAGAGAUGAAGGGCCAUUAUUCAAGGCAAGAUGACUAUAAAAGCUGGACACCUGUGAGGAAGCUUUUAAAGCCAGGAGCCAUUCCAUCAGUAUUUAACUGGAAUGAUACACCAAAGACCAGGCAAAUUUUGAAAAGGAAAGGUCCAUUUCCACUAAGUCAACCAAUGCAAAGUGAUGUUACAAUGUGUAUUGAGACCCAAGUGGAAGAAGAGUGUAGUAAAGAUAACACAGAAUCAGAAGAAAGCAGGACAAAAAGGAGAAAAAUAGAGACAGAGUUGGAAACAGCGAAAAACAACAUAAAAAAAUCUUGAAGAACAACUGUCUGAAAAAGAGAAAGAGUUGACAUGCUUACGUCAGCAGUUUAGCAUUGAAAAUUUUUGUGUAAAUAGAUUUUCAACAGAUGAUUCUCUUAUUUCAUUCUACACAGGGUUUCGAACAUGUGUACUUUUUCUUACCUUUUUAUGUAUACUGCUAAAAACAUACAGAGUGCAUAUUAUAAAAGUAGUGAAACUAUUAGUCUAAGUGGUAGAAAGCGUUCUGUGUUGCUCAUUGACGAGCUUUUCUUAUUUUUAUGUCGCCUUUGUGCAGGAUUAUUAGAACAAAAUCUGAGUGUUCGAUUUUCAUCAAAUAUAUUUAAAACAUACUCAUUUUCUAAUUUUUGCUGAACACCCUAAAGAGAGCCUUGUGGUAUUUUACCAAAUUUUGAUUCUACCGCUGGUACGUUCAUUUGUGUUAAAGAAGGGAGAAUCAAUAAAUCAAGUGGUACUGAAGAUAGACUUCCAUACUUUGUGUCCCAUUUAACAUUUUCUCCAGGAAUGGGGUUGAAUGGGGUUAUUUUCAGAUUUUAGUUAGUCGUAGACAAGUCCAGUGCGGAUUUCCGUGAUGAAUACCGCUUAUCUUUAAAUCCUGGACAGCCUUUCCUUGGAUUUUCUCCCCUCUUGGGACAUGCCAAGUUUGUGGCCGAGAUGUCUUUGCAAUUUCAACUGGGAUAGCUCUUUGACCUAUAAUCUUGAAUUUCGCAAGCUGGUACAGAGUUCCCACUACGUGUCCACAUGCUUCUGACAUUCCAAUAGGACAGGUACAAUCUGCCUUACUCACUUCAAGAGUGUUGAUAUCACCGAAACUCACCUGUAAUGUUGUAAUGAUAUCCAUAUAAAUAAUAAAUUAUGUUUACAUAAUGACAAACGUUUUAUGCAUUGGUUAUCUGUAUCAAAAGUGAACGACACAAAAUAAAUGCAUUGAUAUAUUUACAUUGA